AUGGAAGACGUUGUUCCAGAACGUCAACCUGGGCCAGAGAACAAGCCAACGGAAGAUGCAACAGAUACGGGAUACAUGCUGAUCGACCAUGAAGAAGUCAUCAUCAGACAACUUCGAAACAUCCGCCAGGAGCUUUCAACUCAGAUUGCGGGCGUGCGUCGAGAGUUGGAAAUCCAGUGGGAAGUACUUAGUCGUCUGCUUUUAUUCAUGGCGCCAAUAGCUAUCACAUGGGCAGUAACUAUGUUUGUGAGGCUGGCUGGUAACAGGACAUGGGAGGGUUACGCUGCUGCUGUAAGCUGUGGGGUGAUACUAUCAGUGUUAGUGUUUGACCUCCAUGGUCUUUUGGAUGCUGUUCUAAACUAUAUCUGGGCCCGUCAGUACCACGAAAACCCCAAAGCAGCGAACAUCCAACCUGUUUGGACAAGAUCAGAGGAGUAUGCUACAGAUGGUCAGGACAAGGAGACCAACACGGAUUAUCUUGUAGAACCCACACUAGAGGAUAUCCCUGUAGAAGAAUUACCACUGCCUGAUUGA